AUGGGACGAAACGGCGUUGCAGCGGGGGGCCCAUUGUCGACGGCUGCUCUUAUGGAGCCCGGGACAGACCCUGGCGGGGCCACAAGCGGCUUUGAACGCACGAGCGCCGUAAUCGGCGAUAAUGCCGGUUUCGGCGGUGGCUCCGCGCUGGCCGUGAUAAGCUGGACGCACGUUGGCGCCCGUUUUUUGUGCGUAACGUGUAAUGAAAACGGCAUCGCGUACCCAUUGGCGCCUUCGCAACGCGUUCACGACUCGAGCUGGUGCCGAAAACAGCGAGAUCUUAAAGUGGAAAGCGCAGCU